AAUUUUUUAUUAUAAAUAUGGUGAUGUAUGCAUACGCGUGCCUGUGCUCUUUGCUUUCUCAAUAAGUUAUUUUUCUUUGAAAAAGUAACUAUUUUACAAUCAUGGGUUACACAGUUUCUUAGUUUCAUUUAUCAAAACUGAAAUAUCAUGAAAUCAUAAAAUUUCAAUUCUGGAUAAGUCGCUGAUUAAAACAUAUGCGCAGGUUGUUACUGGAAGAAAUUGGCAUUUUGGGUUUGUCUAAGGCAAAUGUACUGAAAUGUUCAUGUCUGUCUAUAUGCACUUGGUUAUUUUGAUGGAAGUAAUUACCCUAAAUGGUUGUAAGUAAUAAAAUGCUGUAGAAUAAGACCUGCACCCUAUUAAGUCUGUGGUAGUUGUUGCGGGCUCAUAGUCCCGACAAGUAUUACCAUCAGCAUCCUUAGGUGUUAAUUGUCUCUCAAACACAGUGGCUGGUACAACUAGGUUAUCUGAGCCAUUAAAACCAUCUCUGUUUUGGUUGAUUUUGCUUUGGGUUUGAUAUAAUGGAUUAAUUAUCCUUCUAUCAUGCACUACCAGAUGGAUUACAAUUGCAACCAAAGCAUUAACCUGUUUUUUUCCUGUUUUUAUUUUUAUUUUUUGACAGACGUGAUUUCAAGUGAAAUAACUCCACGGGUUCUCAGGCAUGUUCGGAGCUUUCUGUCAUCAAAUAUUGAUUCAUUUGAAGCUGAUGUAUUUGAGUCAGACCCUGGUUCCCAGUUUUGGUUGAAGAUGAUUGAAGCAAUCAAAGAUCCUUGUGCUGUGGAAAGAUUGUCUGAGCAGCUUCUGCAUUAUUUAGCUAUUGAACAUGCAAGUGAUGUUGAAGCUUACUGGUUUUUUUGGCUAUUAUUUCAUCAGACUUUUAAAAAUUAGACAUCAAUGAGGUCCAUGUUUGUUGACAAAUUUUUACACCGGAAAAUAUUUCCUAUCUGUUGCCUGCGAUGGAUCCUUCAAUUUACUGUUCUUGAAUGCCCACCUGAUGCUACUUCACUCACAAAAGGUCAUAAUAUCCGUGGUCUCUUAGACACCGUGCAGCGUCUGCUAGCAGCGUGGUCUAAAAAGGAAUAUGUGCAAUCAGCCCCAAUGGAGCAGCAAACUUAUGUAUCUGCAGCUGUAGGCUUUUGCCUGGAGAAGAUGUCUGAAAAGGACCUAGAUGAGACUAAAGAUGUGAUGCACUUGAUUCUUCAAGGCCAGCUGUAGGUUGGAGAGCCCUAAUAAUUUAGUUCGGAAAAUGGCUAGCAGUGUUGCUUUAGCGUUCUCUAAAGUGAUUGACCCAAAAAAUCCACUAUACCUUGAUGAUAGCUGUACUGGUGACAUUAUUGGCAGGGAGUUUGGGAUGCCUACCCCUGAAAAAAGGAAUCUGGAUACCUCAAAUUGCAAACAAAAAGAUGUUCAUGAAACUGAUUUAGUUUGUAUGGAUUUUGGAAUAGUAAUACUCUAAUAUCGAAAUUACUGUAUUUUCAAUUUUUUUUUUAAAUUUUUUUUAAGCGUUAAUGUAUGGAUAUUGAAAUAGUAAUACAGUAAUAUCGAAAUUUUGAUUCUGAAAUAUCGAAUUUCUUUCUUUUUUUUCAAAAUUUUGGAAAAAUAGGACAGUGUUUUAGGUUAUGUUCAAAGAAUUUUGUUUUAAGAAUCAAUUUGGUUUUAAUUUUAAUGGAUUUUGGAAUUGUAAUACAGAAAUAUCGAAAUUCAUGAUUUUUCAACAUUUUAAAAUAGUAAUUCUAUUUAAGCAUUGAUAAAAACAUUGGAACUAUUCCUUUGCACUGUUUGAGGAUUUCGUUUUUUUUAUUUAAAAUUUCAUAUUGUUUGAAUUCAUGCAAAAUUGACUGAUUUGCAUGUAUAUUAUGGAA